CGCCCCCGGCGGUCGGGGCCGCAGCGUGCUCGCCCCCGCCGUCAGCUCGCCUCACUUAUGGGUCGGAAACGUUGCGUGGGGGAGACUGUUCCAAGAUGGCGGCGGGUUGCUGCGGGGUGAAGAAGCAGAAACUGUCCAGUUCGCCCCCCUCUGGCUCCGGUGGCGGUGGUGGCGCCUCCUCCUCCUCCCACUGCAGCGGAGAGAGCCAGUGCCGAGCUGGGGAGCUGGGACUAGGAGGCGCCGGUACGCGGCUCAACGGGCUGGGAGGUCUAACCGGAGGAGGUAGCGGCAGCGGCUGUACCCUCUCUCCCCCCCAGGGCUGCGGCGGCGGCGGCGGGGGGAUCUCCCUGUCGCCACCUCCAAGCUGCGGAGUGGGGACCCUACUUUCUACCCCGGCCGCCGCCACCUCUUCCUCGCCCUCCUUAUCGUCCGUCGCCUCGUCCUCAUCACCGGGCUCCCGGAAGAUGGUGGUGUCAGCAGAGAUGUGCUGCUUUUGCUUCGAUGUGCUGUACUGUCACCUGUACGGAUACCAGCAGCCCCGGACCCCCCGGUUCACCAACGAGCCCUACCCACUGUUUGUAACAUGGAAGAUUGGUCGAGACAAAAGAUUGCGUGGAUGCAUAGGUACUUUUUCUGCCAUGAAUUUGCAUUCAGGACUCAGGGAGUACACACUUACCAGUGCCCUUAAAGAUAGCCGUUUUCCCCCAAUGACGAGGGAUGAGCUGCCACGACUUUUCUGCUCAGUGUCUCUGCUCACUAACUUUGAAGAUGUCUGUGAUUAUUUGGACUGGGAGGUGGGUGUACAUGGCAUUAGAAUAGAAUUCAUCAAUGAAAAAGGAUCAAAACGCACCGCCACCUACCUACCGGAGGUUGCAAAGGAGCAAGGAUGGGACCAUAUUCAGACCAUAGACUCCUUAUUGAGGAAAGGAGGAUACAAAGCUCCGAUUACUAAUGAAUUCAGGAAAACCAUAAAACUGACCAGGUACCGUAGUGAAAAGAUGACCCUGAGCUAUGCUGAAUACCUUGCUCAUCGCCAGCAUCAUCAUUUCCAAAAUGGCAUUGGGCAUCCCCUUCCACCAUACAACCAUUAUUCCUGACACUGAGCCGCACAACCAGUCACUGGGCCUCUCUGCAGACCUCUUCCCAGGAGACCCUACACCUUCAUGGUCUAGCUAUCUCUUUUAUUGUACCAUUUUAUGAUGAUAGUUUCCGUUGCCAUGGUGAAGCUUCGACAUCGUCAAUUAAGAUCAUCGUGGUAACGGGUAGGAAAAUGGCAUUUGUUAAGAAGAUCCUGUUUUAAUUAUUUUAGAUAAUUGAUUUUUUUGCAGCAUAUAUAAUUUUGGAGUUUUUUUUUUUCUUUACAAUAUUAUUUAGAAAUUUGCUUUGCUAUCUCAGUCAGAUAUCUGUCUUUCUGUUCUUGCUUUCCUUCCUGUCCCCCUUUUUCUCUUCCUUCCUUCCUUCCUUCCUUCCUUCCUUCCUUCCUUCCUGGCUUCCUUCUUUUGACUGUGGAUGGAAGAAAGUGUGGAGUUUUUAAGGACUUUAUUUAGGUUUGUCUUUAGUUUUCCUCAGUAAGAUAGUUACUUUUUAAGAGCUGAGUUUGAGAGUAAUUCACGUCAAAUUCAGGUAUUUGAUUAUUACUCUUGAAUUUGCCUGACAUUCACUUUGCUAUGAGAGCUUAUUAUUUGGGUCUUUUACUCCUUAACUUUUUGUUUCUCCCAUGGUUAAAAUAUAUGAACUUUAGUUCUAGUAGCAAACAUUCGAAGGUCCAUGAUAGGGCUUGUCACAGAGAGUAAGAUCAUUUAUGCCUACUGGACUGGUUCAUCAUAGAUGGAAGAGAUUGCCUCUUACCUUUUAGAACCAAUUUACAAACUAAAACACUGUUUUAAGAAAGUACAAAGUACCUUUCAAAUAGGCUACAGAAGUCAUUUUGAAGAGCAGCAAAUACUAGCAUGAGAGCAGAUACAGAAUUUAGUGCCUUUGAGAAGAAUAUAAUUAAGUGGAAUUAAGAGGGGUUGAAAAAGGCAAUUUAGAGAGAUAUUCUUGUAAAAUUUUAUUGUUUCUAUUUGUGAAGCAACAGAUUAGACAAAUUGCUUACUCUUAAGUAUUUUUUUAAGCUGAAAAAUUUAUUUUGAGCAAAUAACCAAAAAGAGACCUUUGUCUAUUUUAUAUUAAUUUAAAUUUGUUAGCUUUAGGUUUCAAUAAGUCCUGAUUGGCCAGAGAAAAUUUUAGCUACCAUCGAAAGAUACGACAAAGAUCAUCUAGUGAAACAAAAGUUCAUAUAUGCCAUGAUUUCAGAUAUGUUUGUCUGUCAUGGGAUGAUACUAGAGAUUUAGAGAUACUAUAAAAUAGCUCAAAUCUCUUUCUGCACUACAUACUUUUGAUAGAAACACAUUUCCUCUGUUGAUAAGAUGUUAUGUUACAACUGUAAAAAUGGAGUUGGUAUUCAAAUACGCUAUAGUGAGAGCACAGCUCAUUUGUAGGGUAGUCUUCCCAUGAUGCAUACAAAGAGAACUUACUGAUUCCCUGGAAAAAUGACAGAUGAUUGAUCCUAGAGAAUGAGGACCUUCAUGUUAUGGUAGUAUAAAAAAAAAUAUAUAUAUAUAUAUAUAUGUAUAUAUAUAU